GUCUGUGAUCAGCACUGAGCGCCCUGCUAUUUUCUGACUUGCUGCUCAAACUGCAGGAACAGCACAGCAGAGAUCCCCAGUGACGAUGGAAUCUCUGAGUAAAGCUUUGGAAACAAUAAAGAACACAGAAUGGACCGAUAAUGAGGAGCAUAUAAUGGAACAGUUUGAAAUUCUGCUGACAGCUGUCAAAGAAAAACCUGAGGGCGUCAUUCAGUUGAUCAUAACAAGUGGCAUCCUACCCUUCAUGGCUGAGGCUCUUCAGAGGAACAGCUCAAUCUCUGCCCAGGGUGCCUUGUUCAUUGCGGAACUGGCAAAAGCAGAUGCUGCAAAGAAGCCUUGUGUAGAUGCUGGACUUGUUUCUGCCCUGAUUCCUCUCCUUGAGAGCUCAGACCAAGAAUUACUUCUGCACGCAGGCCGGGCCAUCGGAAGGAUCUGCUUUGAUAACAAUGCUCAACAGGAGGCGCUAGUUAACAGAGGUGUCAUCCCCAGGCUAAUGGGCAUCUUGCAACAGUACCCUGAAAAUGACCCCCUGGUAAACGUGUGUCUCCUCGCCCUUUGUAACUUGGCAGAUCUGGAUUGUGCACGAGAAGCUCUAGAAGAUGUGACGGUGGGCCAGGCCCUCAUCAGGCAGUUACAUCGGGCCAACGAUGCUGAACGAAGGCAUGUCAUCCUGGAGAUUCUGGAAGCCCUAUCUGAGAAUGAUGUGCUGAAGCUGCAGUUCGUGGACUCGGGAGUUCCAGAGGCACUAACUGAAAUGAUUAAGAGACUGCAAGAACAGUCGAAGGACUUGCCCGAGGCUCCUGACCUGUGCAGCAUCAGGUCAGCUUCCAAAGUCCUUGUCACUUUGCUGCUGGGAGAUGAGCCCAUGCAGAAGUGUUUUAGAGAUGGUACUGGUCAGCUCUAUGAGGUCAUCUUGUCCUGGUUGCAGGAAGACAACACAGACCUGCAGCGUUCUGGAGCUCUUGCAAUAGCUAACUUUGCUCGAAAUGACAAUAACUGCACUCGGAUGGUGGCACAGGGUGCCGUCUUUCAGAUCUUGGCAUUGUUGGAGCGGCACGUAAAAGAUGGAGAUGUAGCAGUCCAGCAUGCAGCACUAAGUGCGCUCAGGAAUCUUGCAAUACCAGCUGCCAACAAGGUGCAAAUGCUUGAAGAUGGGCUUUUAGAGCGCAUUCGGAUGCUUCUCUGCUCAGAUAUGCCACCAGUCCAAUUCAAGCUGCUGGGGAUGCUGCGCAUGAUGGUUGACGGUCAAGAAGAGGCAGCUGCAGUGCUGGGGACAGACCAGGCUCUACUGUCCAAGAUAACAGAGUGGUGUGGAUCUCAAGAACAUGCUGGUGUUCGAGGAGAAGCAAACAGACUGUUGGCUGCUCUAAUCAGACACAGCCGAGCACCGGAAGUUGUUUAUGCUGUGAUACAAGCCAAUGGUGGGAAGCAUUUAAUAUCCAUGGCAAGAAGUGAACAUGUCAUUAUGCAGAAUGAAGCUUUGAUUGCACUGGCCAUUGCCUCAGCUGUCACAAUAGAGACUGUCGAGGGGUCCUUCAAAGAUGGUGGUAUAGUUCCCACUCUUCAACAGAUGCUGGAUGAUCCCAUGGUGGCAUCAGAAGUCAAAUUUAGCGCUUUGGGACUGGUCUGCAGCCUUGCUAAUUCAGAUGAAUUAAGAGAAGAAAUGAUUGCACAGGGAUUGCCUGAAAACCUUACAAACAUAUGCAACCAUAGCAAUGCUAAACUUGCAUCACAAGCCAAUGUGGCACUGGGGAUUCUUAAUGGGACUGUGACUGAUCCGGCGAGUUGAUACUAUCACAAGUAGAAACUUUGUGGCUCAUGCCCUUUUGGAGAUCUCUGCCUUCCACUCCCGUGUUUGUGUGUGUGUGUGUGUGUUAACAAGCAAGUACUAACCCAAAUGAUGAAAAUGUGACCACAGAACAAGUAAACCUGGACCAAAGUGUUAAAGCAUGCUAAAAUGAAUUAGCCUUAUUUUUGCCUUCACCAUCGUCACCAGCUGACUACAGGACAAGCUCCAGAGCCUAGUCAAGCAAAAAUAUUACAUAGAUUUCGACAACACUGUGUGACCUUAACAGGCAAUGGCAUAAACAACUGGAAGAACGAAGAUGAAGAUAACCACAUCCACUUAUAAAAUUCCUACAACAAUCCAUCCCAAGGGUCUUGUCCACAAACCUCCUUUCCAAACAAUAAUUCCACGUGGAUCAAAUUGGCAGAAAUUAAAAGCAAUUUACAUAGUCGUACCUACUGGUAGGUAAAACCUGAGCAGCAGGCCACAUGAAAUGAAUGAAAUCACAUCUACAUUUGAUCAAGAGGAGUGGAAUAGAAACAUGGUACCAACAUGAUAAAUCAACUAAAACUGAAAUACAUUCAUGCAUACUAAUGCCACCUUGCAAACAUCUCUGAAAGGAAAGCCUUACCAAGCUUAUAGAAUUCUUUAUUAUUUAUUAUUUAGAAUUCUGUAUAAUUUACAAUAUAAAAGUACAAAUGCUAAAGUCUGUUACAAGAACAUUUGAUGUACUUUUAGGAUAAAAAAGUAAAUCUGCUUUAUUGAAAACA